GUGAAAAAGUGAGACCAAAAGUCCCACUUGAGCAGAAUGGCAUUGUCAAUCAUGUAUCUAAUACAGAUUCUACUAAUAUUAUCAGCAGAGCUGAUAUGACCAAAAAGACCUCACCGAUAGUUUAG